CAAAAGACAAUCAUGAUCAGGAGUGCCCUUGUUGUCGGAGUGUUAGUGGUUUUCGUGGCCGCCCAAUUCGGCCGCGAUUCUCUAUACGACCGCCGAAGAGGCUUCCAAAGUUACGCUCGCGGCCUGACUUGUUUCCAUAAUGCAAGCAUGUCAACAUCCGUCAACCGAUCAGUUGAAUACGAGAUCGGCCGCACUCUGAGAGCUUCGUGGAGGAACGUUUCAAGUGCCUUAGAGCAACGCCAGAGAGGGAUGGGUCAGAACGAAGGUGCCAAGGAGACCGAAGCAGGCGCCAGACCUCUGGGAUUCGAUUUCGGUUUCCGCAGGAGUAGAAGGGGAAACCGUUCCGAGAUGAACCAGACCCAGUUCCUGGAGGCUCUUGCCGAAGUGCAGGACUUGGCCCUCGCAGAGGCGCCAAGUAGAAUCACAAAUUUCGAUACCUCUGGAGCUGGCCCUUUCUUAUCUCAAUACUUCCUUUGCAUGGAAGACACGCGGUUCGACGAAAACGGAAGGAUGAGGUUGUUUUGAGCAGUUCGAACCAGUUCAAUCGAAUCACCGGCGUGUGAACUCGCUCUUCACUAUUACUUCUGAAUCGGAGAGCCACCGAAAACAUCAUUUCAAAGGCGCUUGAGGGAAUUUUGAGGCUUCGAGCGACGAACCCCGUGUCAGUCGCUCAGCUUACCUUUUCGCGGAUAGAUCUUGAUUUGGGCAUAUUAUCCAAGACGGUGAAUCGCGGCGAUUCCAUUUUGUUGAGAGUAAGCAGCAAUGAAACAACGACACCAUGAACAGUAGCAGUUCGGUUUUAUUAAAGUCGAGGAUCGGCAGUUUAUUCCA